CGCCCCUGUGCGAGUCAGCCCCGCCCCUCCGCUCAGGCCCCGCCCCUGCUGGGACGGAGCGGUCGCCUCCCGCGCUCCCUGUGCGUCGUGAGGUCACUUCCGGCGCGGCGGCGGAUAAGCGGCCCCGUGCGGCUGCUGCGGCCUCUUUUGCCUCGCGCAGCGCAAGAUGGCGGACACGCAGACUGAGAGGGCUUAUCAGAAACAGCCUACCAUCUUCCAGAACAAGAAGCGGGUGCUUCUGGGAGAGGGAGGCAAGGAGAAACUCCCCCGUUACUACAAGAACAUUGGCCUGGGCUUCAAGACUCCCAAAGAGGCCAUUGAGGGCACCUACAUUGACAAGAAAUGCCCGUUCACUGGUAAUGUCUCUAUUCGUGGUCGUAUCCUGUCAGGUGUGGUUACCAAGAUGAAGAUGCAGCGUACCAUCGUCAUCCGCAGGGAUUACUUACACUAUAUCCGCAAGUACAACCGUUUUGAGAAACGCCACAAGAACAUGUCCGUACAUCUCUCCCCCUGCUUCAGGGAUGUCCAGAUUGGGGAUAUUGUGACUGUGGGGGAAUGCCGUCCCCUCAGCAAGACAGUCCGAUUCAACGUCCUCAAGGUCACAAAGGCUGCCGGCACCAAGAAGCAGUUCCAGAAGUUUUAAAGGCGACAAAUGGAUGAUCAGGAUGAAUAAAAGUUUUGUAAAAGUC